AAAUUUUCAUCGAGCAGUGCUAGUUUUACAAAAUAUACUUUUAUUUAAAUAAAUAUCAAUUACUUGCAUAAAAUCAAUUUAAAUUAAAUAAAACAUAAAUAUUUAGUAAUAAAAAUUAAGCAACAAAAUUAAAAAUUAACAAAAUAUUCCUCUCGUUACGCACAACAUACGAAAACAAAGAAGUGAUAUGACGAUUGCCUGAUUUUUGUUUUUCACAUUAAUAGCUCUUUAAAAGGAAAAUUAUUUAAAUUAUUUCUUUCCUUAAUUUAAAAUAGAAUUAACAAAAUGUUGUUGAGAAAUUUAAAUUCCAUAUUAUUUAAAGUUUUGUGCUGUUUCUUUGUGCUUUAUCCAAAUGGUGCCAAUCUAGUGCCUGGUGAAAAAAUCAGUUAUAACUUAGUACAUUCGUGGGCUGAUAAACUGGGCAUGGAACUGUUUCAUCUAGGCGAUUUUAUAACACGUCGUAAAGAGGUCCAAGAGAGUUUUAAACAAGCCCAAGUUGUUUCAAGAGCGGGAGCUAAAAUCGUCGAAAAUAUGGCUAAUGAAAUCAAAACAAUGAUGGAUUCCAAAAUAAGUGCUGUGCGCCGAAUAAUGGAUACUGCCGAAAAUACCGCCUUAACAUAUCAAAGUGAAAAACCUGAUAAAUAUUUUUCAUAUUAUAAUUCUAAAGAAAUGAUUGAACCUCACGAACCAAUACCAACAGAGCCACCUAGAGAUCUAGAAGAUGCGGGUGGGCCAAAGAUUUUCGUUCAACCAAAAGAGAUUGUUCUAACACCCAAAGCUGAAUUUUUUAAUACACCCGUCAAUAUGAGUGUUAGCUCAGUGCAUGUGCCGACGAAUGUUUACGAUAGAGCAUCGGAUACGAUUAAAGCCAUUGAAUGGUCAGAGAAUUUGGAUCAAAUAUUUCGUGACAAUUAUAAAAAAGAUCCAACACUGUCGUGGCAAUUUUUUGGUAGUUCGACCGGCUUUAUGCGUCAAUUCCCGGCAUCGAAAUGGAAAGCGGAUCCGGUUGAUCUAUACGAUUGCCGGUUACGUUCAUGGUUUAUGGAAGCGGCGACAAGUCCAAAGGAUGUCAUUAUCCUAUUGGAUGGAUCAGGCUCUAUGACUGGGCAGAGGCUAGAUAUCGCAAAGCAUGUUGUAAAUACAAUACUCGAUACAUUAGGUACAAAUGACUUUGUGAACAUCUUCACCUUUAGCGAUAAAGUUAAGCCUGUUGUUGGAUGUUUUGAGGAUACUCUUGUUCAAGCAAAUCUUGGUAACAUUCGAGAGCUUAAAGAGGGAAUUGAGUUAGUUAAAACCGUGUCGAUCGCCAAUUUCUCCGCUGCAUUGACAAAAGCCUUUGAGGUUUUGGAACAAUUUAAAACGGAACAACAUGGUGCCCAGUGCAAUCAGGCAAUUAUGAUUGUUAGUGAUGGUGCACCAUUUAGUUAUGAAGAGAUCUUCGAAACGUACAAUUGGCAAAAUUUACCCUAUAAACCGGUUCGUGUCUUUACUUAUUUAAUUGGCAAAGAGGUGGCGGAUGUUAAGGAUAUUAAAUGGAUGGCAUGUGCCAAUCAGGGCUUCUAUGUUCAUCUGAGUGAUACGGCGGAAGUGCGUGAAAUGGUUUUGAAUUAUAUACCAGUAAUGGCUAGACCAUUAGUAUUGGGUAGACACGAUCAUCCAGUGGUAUGGACACAAGUAUAUGCUGAUGUUGUGGAUAUGGAAAUGUCAGAUUAUUUAUGGCAAUUAGAGCAAUGCCGAUCAAAGGAAAAUAUUUUAGAAUAUCGUAAAGUAAGUUUUCGUAUGUUAGAUCCAGAUGAAGUAAGACGCCGAGAGUACAGACGUAUGAAGAAGGCCUGGGAUCAACCUACCGAAUCGGAUGAUUAUCAUUUUAUGACCACUAUAUCAAUGCCUGUUUACGAUCGGCGCGAAAAUGCGAAUAUCACCGAACUGGUAUUAAUAAAUGAAGCUCUUUGGGAAUUGCAAACACGUGAGACAAAAAUUGCCAAUUUAUUGGGUGUUGCUGGAACCGAUGUACCCAUCAGAGAUAUAAAAAAAUUAUUAUCACCAUUUUUGUUGGGUGUAAAUGGUUAUGCUUUUAUUGUUACCAAUAAUGGUUACAUAUUAUUUCAUCCCGAUUUUCGUCCAAUUUUUCAACGUUACAUCUUAAAGCCUGCUUAUAACAGUGUUGAUAUGAUUGAAGUUGAAUUAUUGGAUGAUGAUCGGCCACCUAGAGAUUUUAAUCCAGUGCUACUAACGAUUCGUGAUUCCAUAAUCAAUCAAUCAACUGGUAGCAAAUGGAUGUUGGUUAAAAAUCAUUUCGAUGAAAUGAAACGUGUGGCUCGGGUUAAGCGCCAAUAUUAUUGGACUGCUAUACAAAAUACACCAUUCACUUUGGUUAUAACAUAUCCCGAGCUAUACGGUGUAUAUCGUCUUCAGAUACGUACCGAAGAUGAAAUACAUCGUAUGAAUAUAAAAGGCAGUAACACUCUCAGCUACUUUACUGGCAAACGCUGGAAAAUUCAUCCUAAAUGGCUAUUUUGCAAACACAGCAAUAUGACAUUUGAAACUCCCGAAGAGGAACUAUUAUGGUUUUUGGGUAAAAUGUCACAGCCUGGAUGGAAAUGGCCGUCCAGUAGAAGUGCACUGCCUCCAGAACAUACGGCUGCCAUGCUGUCUAACUCAUCUGCUGGGCGCAUACCAUCAUUCGACAAAGAUAAUUACUAUUGUGAUCGCCAAUUGAUGCAGUCAUUGGUAUUUGAUGCCAGAGUUACAGAAUGGUUUUCAAAAAAUACCAGCUUUAAUUCAAAAGACGAUAAGGGUAGUAGUUCAAGUGCUUCAAAUCCAAUUUCAGUAUUAAUGGGUUUGUUGCCAAGAAAUGAAUUUAAGCAACGUUUUGGCAUAACGGUGGCAUUUUUAGCCACUCACAGUGGUCUCACAAGAUGGCAAGAAUUUCAUUCGAAUAUGGCCGAAGAAUUGGGAGCAGGAGAAUCAUUUAGUGAACACAAUAAUAAGGCUAUUGAUGAAAUCUGGUAUAAACGUGCAGUCGAUCAACAUUUUGUUCGUGAGGAAAGUUUUGUUUACUCCGUACCCUUUGAUGCUGGGGAAACUGCUGCCGAAACUAUUGUUACCGCCAGUCAUGCUGUCUUCCAUACCGAAGGAGGUAAAUCUGCACCAGCUGCCGUAGUUGGUUUUCAAUUUCAACAUAGUGCUUUGUUAAAACUUUUCCGUAAUAUAACCGGCAAUGCCUGUGCUGUUGAUGAUAAAGAUUGUUAUGUUUUAGAUAAUAAUGGUUUUAUAAUAAUAUCGCCAAGUCGUCAUGAGACUGGUAGAUUCUUUGGAGAAAUAAAUGGUGCCAUUAUGCAUCGUUUAGUGGAGGAAAAUGUUUAUAAACGUGUUACGGUAUAUGAUUAUCAAGCAGUUUGUUUUGUACCGGACGGUGAUAAUAAUUCGUCUUCGAAUGUUUUGACGCCCCUAUUCCACGUACUUCGAGCAUUUAAAUGGCUAAUAACCACAAUUGUCUUAUACCUCGUCGAAGUAAGUACAGUGGCAGCAGAUUUUUUCGAACAUUAUGUAGAUGAAAAUAUGACCGAUUAUACGGUAAAUGUUAAAAAUAACGAAUGGGUACGUUUAGUAACAUUACAAAGAACAAGACUGAAACCAUGCGAUAUGCAACGUGAUCUUUAUACGCUCUAUAAUGAAAAGGAUAAUGUUGUCUAUAAUAUGACAGCGCAUGGUUGUGAGAGACCAUUUGUUGUUCUACCCAUACCAGCAAGCAAUUUAAUAUUAUUAGUUAUUGAUCAAAUGUGUCCACGUGAUGCUACUCAUAUACUAACAGUAAAUCCAAUGGAUAUUAAUUAUCCACUAGAGGAGAAUCAAACAUUGGCAUGUUUUAAGCGGGAUCAUGAAUUUUCACGAGUACGUCCUAUUAGUUGUAUAAGCCGACAUGUUAAUGAAAGCAAUAUAGAAUUAUGCGGCAAUGCUUCAAGUGUAUUAAUUAAUACUUUCCUAUUCUUAAUAACCAUAGGUUUAAAUCGUUUACUCUAACGUUAUUUUUAAUUUGUUAAAACAAUUUUGUUAUAUUCUAUUUAACUGUUUUAUUUCUGUUAAAUUUAUUAAAUUUGUAAAUUUUGUAUGUACUUUAUGAAAUAUAUUUAUUAUUGAAAAUAAUAAUAUUAAUUUUAGUAUAGCAAAAAGAAAAUCUCCCAAAGGACCUUAAAAAACGAAACUUUUGUAAAUUAUUAAAUUAAAUAUUCUCAUCUCAAAUUGUUUAGCUUAAAUUAAAUUUAAUAAUACAGUAUAAGAAAAAAAAAGCAUUUUUACAAAAACUAACAAAACUGUACCUUUUUAACAGAAAACUAUAUACGAUGCAAUAUUUUCAUUAGUUUCAAACUUCUCAAGAAUUAUUGAAAAAUUUAGAUUGAGCUUCUUUUGUAAAAUUAUUAAAAUCUUUUCAGAAGCCUUUACAAUUUUAGGAAAGGUUAUAACAAAAUUUUGUUUACUAGCAGACUUUCUUAUACAUACAUUUGUUUAAUAUUUUGAACCCUAAGAAAAUGUGUUUUUAACAAAUAUAAAUAUUGAAAGUGUGCCCCGAUAAGCUACUUAGUAGUGUGUUAAUAUCAUCAAUCUGGGGCGUGGUUUUGAUUUACAACGGACGUAUAAUAAUUGUCAGACUGCUCUGUAAAUUAGGAAGGGAUAUACAUAUUCAUAUAAUUUGUAAUUGUGUUGUAAUGAAUAAUAAAAUUAUGCCUGAAAUACGAAUUUUGCCCCAAGCUCGAAAACAACUAUAAAAACUUCCCGAAAUUUUCAUAGAAUCUAGUCCCAAAACUGUGAAUUCGAUAUUUCAUUUUAAUGUAUAUCAAAAUGUACGGAAUAAAAUAGUAGGCGUGGCACCUCCUACAAAAAUAACUAGUUAUUAUUGAAUAUUUUUAAUGUUUUUCACCACAUCUUCAGUAAUUGAACUCAAAACGAGCGGAAUAUAUAUUAGGUGUGGCAGAAUCCCUUCGCAUUCGUCCUUUAUAUGUCGUUAUCCUAAGAAUUAACGGGAUCAAAAUAAUGGCCGUAACCAAAAACGGGCACGAACAAUUACAAUAAAUAAAAUUUGUUAAUAAAGUAAAAAUUGGGCAGAAUCUAGUCUAUUCGGCAAUACAUAACAUAAAAAAAACUUUUCCCGAUUUUAAAGUUUGAAAAUUUAAAUGCUAGAUUAUUCAUUUCGAUCAUUAUGCGAUGUAGCCUAUCUAUUGAAAACACGAUAUGGUCCGAAUGAAAAGAGCUAAGGGACUGAUAUUCUUCAAAAAUUUUGAAAAUGGCAAUAUAGAUCCACGAUUUUUUUUAGCACUCAUGAAAAUUUAAAUGCUAGAUUAUUCAUUUCGAUCAUUAUGCGAUGUAGCCAUGUCUGUCUGCCUGUCUGGGUCCGAAUGGAAAAAGCUAAGAAAUUAAAUGUUUUCUAUUGUUGCAUUUUGUUUGGUAUUGAAAAUGGGCAAUAUAGAUCCAUGAUUUCUCUUAGCCCUCAUACAAAUGACCCCAGGUAAUAUUGCUUAAAUAGUUGCAGGAUGAUAGGUUUACAGAGCAUAUAAACUCAAGUAAUCAUUUAAUUAUUACGAUAUUAAUAUAAAAUUCUACAAAAUAGAUUACUCACUUUUUCAAAUACAAUUGAGCUUAGUCCAUAAUAAUUAACCCAACACCUCCUAAAUGAGCCUCUCCCGAAAAUCUCUAUGAAGUUUAUAUUAAUAUCACUAUCCAUAUCGAUCCAUAAAGACUUAGGUCCAUAUACAUAAACACUUGUUUUGAUAAUGGUUGCAUAAGAUACGAUAUAACCGAAUAUAACUAAAACUUAAUUCGAAAAUUCUGAGAUACAACUAAUAGUUGCCGAAAUAAAAAAAUUUUUAAAAAUAUAUAAUAAAAAAGUUUACAGAAACCUACAUACUCCUGUACCUUUUUUUAGUAUUAUUUAAAUAAACAAACAGUAAUUUGAUUAAAUCAUUAUUAAAUACCUUUCAAUUUUAAAAAUAAACUAUAAAACCUACAUAAUUCUCAGCUUAAACUUUAAAUAAUUGCCUAUAGUAACUGAACAUUUAAAUACAAGAUAAACAUUAAUACCGAAAUAUCUAGUCCAAAAUUAAUUAAAAAAUAAAAUUAAAAUUUUUUUGUAUAACAACACACCAAAAAAAAUGAAAACCUUUAAAAACUGUGCUAAAGCUUUUUAAUA